AUGACGAACAAGGGCGCGCGGAACGUUUCGCGCGCGGAACGCGACGCGCUCGAGGCGUCCAAGGCGGCCGCGGCCGCCGCCGCGGCCGCGGCGGCGUCCGCCACCGCGCUCGAGGACGCCAUCGCGAACGAGGACGCCGCCGCGACGUCGACGUCGAAGAAAUCGGCGUUCACGAUCAUGCCGGCGACGCGCGCCAGGACGCUGCGCGACGCGCUCCGAGCGCGCCUCCCUCCGUACAUGAUCCCCGCGGCGGUGGUCCAGAUCGCGUCCGCCGCCGACGUCCCGACCACCGCGAACGGUAAGGUCGACCGCGCGGCGUUGCCGUCGCCCGCGUCGUUGCGAGGAGCGAACGGUCGACAACAAACGGACGACGCUUACGUCGCGCCCGACGGCCGUACCGAAGAGAUCGUCGCGUCGCUGUUCGAGACGACGUUACCCGGGGACGUCGUCGUCGGCGCGGCGGAUGACUUCUUCGAGCUCGGCGGGCACUCGCUCCUCGCGAUGCAGUUCAUCGGGCGCCUGCAGGCUGCGCUCGGCGUGCGAGUGACGGUGCAGACGUUGCACGAGCACUCCACGCCGAGGGACAUCGCGCGGUUCGUCGACGGCGGCGGCGGCGGCGACGCGUCGGGGAAUAAGGCUAAGCUGAAGAAGGGCGAGACCCCGCUGCCGAUGGCGUCGAACGACGUCGUGACCGUCGUCGACCCGGAGUCGCUCCCGCGCGGCGAGAUCACGCGCGUGGACGAGAUCUUCUUCGAGACGCGCGACGGGUGCCGCCUCAGCGCGCGCCUGUGGCUCCCCGACGGCGUGUCUCCCGACGACGCGUCGUCGCGGAGAGCGCCGGCGGUGAUUGAAAUUUUACCCUACGGCGUCCACCACGGCACGAUCGACACGGACGAGGCGACGUGGCCGUACCUCGCCGGGAACGGCAUCGCGUGCGUGCGCGUCGACGCGCGCGGCAGCGGCAACUCGCGCGGCGUCCUCGACGACGAGUACUCGCCGACGCAGCAGCGAGACGCGUGCGACGCCGUCGAGUGGGUCGCGUCCAGGAGUUGGUGCACCGGCGCGGUGGGGCUCAUGGGCUGCUCUUGGGGCGGAUUCGUCGCGCUGCAAGUCGCGGCGCUGCGCGGGAAGACGAAGCGUCGCGAGGCGCCGAGCCUGCGGGCGGUGUGCGCGGUGUGCGCGACGGACGAGCGCGCGUCCGACGACAUGCACUGGAUGGGCGGGUCUUUGCUCGGGGAGAAUUUGGCGUGGGGCGCGUGGUUGCUGGACGCGUGCGCGGCGCCGCCCGUGCCGGUGUCGGACGAGAGAGGCAUCGCGUCGGACAAAAACACGUGUACACGCGUGUUGUCCGACAAAAAUAACGACGAUGACGCAACCGACCGCGAAGAAGAAGACCACCAGUCCGCGUGGGAGUCGCGCUGGGUCGACAGGCUCGACGCGCUCAAGCCCAUGCACGGCGAGUGGGCGUCGAUUCACCCGAGCACGGACGCGGGCGACGCGUACUGGAGCACCGGCUCCGUCGGCGGCGCCAACACGCGCGACAUCGACGUCCCCGUGCUGUCCGUCGGGUGCCUCAACGGCGGCGGGUACGCGAACGCCACGCCGCGCGUCGCGAGAGCGCUCGGGCGCGAGAAGGUGACCGCGAUCAUGGGGUCGUGGACGCACAACUACCCGCACCUGUCGCGGUCGGGCCCCGCGUUUGGCUUCCUCGCCGAGACGCUCGCGUUUUGGCGCCGGAACCUCGGAGGCGCGCAACACGACGACGGCUGGCUCCCCGGUGACGACGGCGAGGGCGGCGGCGACGCGCUCGACGAGAUGAACGACGCGAUCCCGGGCGUGAGGAUCCACGUCCAGCGCCCGCCGCUGGUCGGCGGGCCGGUCACCGCGCCGACGCGCGCGGAGGGGUACUGGAUCGCGGAGGCGUCGCAGCGCGACCUCGACGCCGCCGCCGCCGACGGCGCGAUCGAGGCGUCGUUCACCGCGGAGAAGACGCUCGCGCUCGUCGCGAAACCGGAAGACGGUCGGUUUAAAGCGAGGUUGACCGACUCCCCGAGCGACCCCGUCGGCGCCGCGUCCGGGCGCUGGUUCACGUUCGGCGACGGCGACGACCUCCCCGGCGACCAAACCCCGGACGACGAAAAGUCGCUCUGUUUCGACGGCGACCCGGUCGUCGCGGAGACCGCGCUCGUGGGCACCCCGCGCGUGCGCGUGACGUGCGUCCGCGUCGUCGAAGACGACGACGGAGGAGACGACGCCGACGCCGCCGCCGCGCCGCCGCCGCCGCCGCCCAGCGGCGUCGUCGUCGCGCGUCUCUGCGCGGUGUCCCCCGACGACGGCUCCUCGCAUCGGAUCUCCUACGGCGUCGUCAACGUCGCCGCGGCGCACGGUCGGUCGGUGGUCAAAACCGCCGCCGGCGGCGCGUUCACCGUCGACGUCGAGUGCGCGUACUGCGCGUUCUCGCUCCCCGUCGGGUGGAAGCUCAGGGUGGCCGUAUCUCAGACGUACUGGCCCGUCGUCGCCGCGUCGCCGAACGGGUUUCAUCCCGUCGCCGUCCUCGGCGGCGGCGUCGUCGUCCCGGCGCUGUCGCAAGCGCACGUCGAGGAAAUGUACGGCGACGGCGCGAAGUACGAGGCGCUGCUUCGCGCGUCGAUCCCCGAGCUCGAGGUUCUCGUCGCGCCGCGCGCGACGCGGCGUCUGAGCAGCGGGAACGUUCGGAACUCUUACGACGGCGAGCACGCGGUGGCGGUGCGCCGCGUCGACUCGGGCGCGAUGAUGAUCAACCCCACAAACAGCGCGCCGUCGCGGACGUCCUCCCCGAAGCCGUUCGUGGUGCAGGAGACGUCCAGCGACGUCAGCGCGAAGAAGAGCGUCCUCGCCGACGGCGUCGGCACGCAGCGCGUCGAACGCCGCCGCGUCAUUCGCGGGUUGGACGUCGGCGGCGGCGGCGGCGGAUUCGAUUCGUCGGCGCCGAAUUCUCCCAAGGUGCGUUCUAUACACUGGUUCCCAUACGACCGCGUUCGCGUGGUGGACGCCGUUUCUUAA